UCUACGAUGGGCAGAAUGAUCGGAUCGGUACAAUUUUUGGCACUAGCCCUUCUUCUCACUUCCUUGCCGGCGGCACUGAGAGGCGCCGUUCCACGAACGAAAACCUUGGAUUCAGAGGCCAUUCGGCCGAGAUUCAGCGUGGACCCCGGGAGGAUUAUCAAUGGAACGGAGGCCACGCUGGGCGCCACUAGGCACCAGGUGGGAAUUCGCAAGGCCCUCAACGAUGGCUACUUCUUUGGAACCGGACACCUCUGCGGAGGAUCCCUCAUCCGCCCAGGAUGGGUCCUCACCGCCGCCCAUUGCUUUGUGGAUCAGGUUAUCUAUGACGGCACCUUUGUGCCCAAGGAGGAGUUCAUCGUGGUGAUGGGCAAUCUGGAUCGCUACGAUCGAACCAACACGCUGACCUUUACGAUCGAGGAGCGGAUAAUGCAGCUGGAGAAGUUCGUCCUGUCCACCUACGACAAGGAUAUCGCCUUGCUGAAGUUGAAUGGCACCGUGCCCGCGAAUCAUCCGACCAUUCGUCCCAUUGCCCUCAAUCGGUUUCCCGUCUCCGAGGGCGUCGUCUGCCAGGUGACGGGAUGGGGCAACACGGAGGCUGGUUACGUCUCCGACAUCCUGAUGACCGUCGAUGUGCCGAUGAUCAGCGAGGAGCACUGCAUCGAUGACUCCGAUCUGGGCCAUCUCAUCCUGCCGGGAAUGGUGUGCGCCGGUUACAUUGAGGUGGGCGAGAAGGACGCCUGCAGCGGCGACUCCGGUGGACCGUUGGUGUGCCAAAGUCAGCUGGCCGGCGUCGUUUCCUGGGGCAUCCAAUGUGCCCUGCCCAGAUUACCGGGUGUCUACACGGAGGUGUCCUACUACUACGACUGGAUUCUGGAGAAUAUGGGCGAGGAUCCGAAUAGUGAUGGCAGUGGCGACGGAAGUGGUGACGAUGGCAGUGGUGAUGGAAGUGGAAAUGGCAGUGGUGAUGGCAGUGGUGACGGAAGUGGCGAUGGCGAUAAGGAUGAUGAUAACAAUGGAGGUGGUGGUGCCGCCACCGCCUUGGCUGGAACUCUGACCCUUCUACUUCCCGGAUUCCUCGUCCUGCGGCUAAUGACUAAUCAGUUCUGA